UGUCACUAUCAGCUGAUCGGUGACGGGCGGUGAUCUGCAGUAAGAGGAGGAGGGUGAAGCAUCAUUCCAUCCGGGCCUGUGACACGGAGCACCGGGAUCCCCUCCGGCAGUGAGAAUCCUGACGGAUCGCAGUAGAGAGCGGAGAUUCCCAUCAUUGGAACAUAACCUCUGUCCCAGCUAUUUAAGGUUCAAACAUGGAUUUCUCCAAACUACCAAAGAUCCGAGAUGAAGAGCAGGAAAGCCGGUUCGGCUACGUCCACGGUGUUUCCGGACCUGUGGUCACCGCGUCCAAUAUGGCGGGAGCUGCCAUGUAUGAGCUGGUGCGUGUGGGACACUGCGAGCUGGUGGGGGAGAUCAUCCGUCUCGAAGGGGACAUGGCUACAAUCCAAGUCUAUGAAGAGACCUCUGGCGUAUCGGUUGGAGACCCUGUACUGCGCACCGGGAAGCCUCUCUCUGUGGAGCUGGGGCCGGGCAUUAUGGGGUCCAUUUUUGAUGGUAUCCAGAGACCUCUGAAGGACAUUAGUGAUUCCUCACAGAGCAUCUAUAUUCCCAGAGGUGUAAAUGUGACGGCCCUCAACAGAGACAUCAAGUGGGACUUCAGUCCAUAUAAGAGUCUCCGGGUCGGCAGUCACAUCACCGGGGGAGACAUCUAUGGAUCAGUAUUUGAGAAUUCCCUCAUCAAACACAAGAUCAUGCUACCACCUCGCAGCCGUGGCACAGUCACCUACCUGGCACCGCCCGGGCACUACGACACAUCGGAUGUGGUCCUGGAGUUAGAGUUUGAGGGAGUCAAGGAAAAGUUCACAAUGGUCCAAGUGUGGCCGGUGAGAACCGUGCGGCCAGUGACGGAGAAGCUGCCGGCAAACCACCCACUACUGACCGGACAGAGAGUGCUGGAUUCGCUCUUCCCGUGUGUCCAAGGUGGGACCACCGCUAUUCCAGGAGCUUUCGGUUGCGGUAAAACUGUGAUCUCGCAGUCCUUGUCGAAGUACUCAAACAGUGAUGUCAUCAUCUACGUGGGAUGCGGAGAGAGAGGGAACGAGAUGUCAGAAGUGUUGCGGGACUUCCCCGAGCUGACCAUGGAGGUGGACGGGAAAACCGAGAGCAUCAUGAAGAGAACCUCUUUGGUGGCAAAUACCUCCAACAUGCCCGUGGCUGCCCGAGAGGCCUCCAUCUACACAGGAAUCACACUCUCCGAGUAUUUCAGAGACAUGGGCUACCACGUCAGCAUGAUGGCCGACUCCACCUCUCGAUGGGCUGAGGCUCUCAGAGAAAUCUCUGGGCGUCUGGCCGAAAUGCCCGCCGACAGCGGUUACCCCGCCUACCUGGGAGCCAGACUGGCCUCUUUCUAUGAGCGAGCCGGGCGAGUGAAGUGUCUGGGUAACCCAGAGAGAGAAGGCAGCGUCAGCAUCGUCGGAGCGGUGUCGCCCCCUGGUGGAGAUUUCUCUGAUCCCGUCACAUCUGCGACUCUGGGCAUUGUUCAGGUGUUCUGGGGACUGGAUAAGAAGUUGGCUCAGAGGAAGCACUUCCCCUCUGUGAACUGGCUGAUCAGCUACAGUAAGUACACCAGGGCGCUGGACGAGUACUACGACAAGCACUUCCCCGAGUUCGUCCCUCUCAGGACCAAAGCGAAGGAGAUCCUACAGGAAGAGGAGGAUCUGGCGGAGAUCGUGCAGCUGGUGGGAAAGGCUUCCCUGGCAGAGACGGAUAAGAUCACCCUGGAAGUGGCCAAACUGCUCAAGGAUGAUUUUCUGCAGCAGAAUGGAUACACCGCCUAUGACAGGUUCUGUCCUUUCUACAAGACGGUGGGCAUGCUGUACAACAUGAUCGCCUUCUAUGACAUGGCUCGCCGCGCUGUAGAGACCACCGCCCAGAGCGACAACAAGAUCACAUGGUCUAUAAUCAGGGAGCACAUGGGGGAGAUCCUGUACAGGCUGACUUCCAUGAAAUUCAAGGAUCCGGUGAAAGAAGGGGAAGCCAAGAUUAAGGCCGAUUACACCCAGUUGUUGGAAGACAUGCAGAACUCCUUCCGUAGCCUAGAGGACUAGGAGCCAUCUCCACCACCACCACAUCUCCAGCAGCUCAUCAUCUCGGACCUCCAGCUCCAUCACGAUGGGGGGCUCCUGUACUUCUACUAUACAAAUCUGUUCACCCCUUCCAUGUUUAGUAGGUCCCGGCGACCGUCCCAGUGUUUUGGCCACCUGUGUGUAGAUAUUAUCCCAUUGGUGUGGUGAAUGUAGUCCGGGAAAGUCUGAUCUAUGGGAGAAAGAUGUUGCUGCCUGUUACCCCUGCAUUAAUGCUCUGACGGCUACAGGCCAGGUUCCCAGUGCAGUCCUGAGAUUAGUUGUCUAGCCCUUUCCCUAGAUUGCUCGCUUAUAAUUACCGACCUUGAAGGUUCCUGAUUGAUCUAGAACAUCUCAUGUAUGAGAGCUGCCUCGCACAUUCCAACGUUGUCUAGUGUCCUGUCUGUGUAAUUCUGCCUGUAUCAUCCGAGGUAAGCCACCUGCAGCUCUCCAUAUGAAUCGGCGUGCUGGGACUUGUAGUUCACACGUUGGGGAGCCACAGAUUGCCUACCUCUGCUAUCUAGUUAUGUCCCUGUGAUUUCAGUAAUCUGAGCCAGACUGCACAACCUAGGAGCUUACUAUUACCGCUUACGUCCUACUGUGUGCACCACGUAACCUUCUCUGAAGUUAUUGUAUAGUUAUAGACAGGACGCUGGUGUUAUGUUCUACCUACAACCGCUUCACUGUAACCUGCCACCCUGACAAUCUUUCCUUUUUCCCGGACGGUAUUGCAGGAUUUCUUAUUCCUUAUGAGAUAUUACUUGAAAACUCCGCAUAGAGAUGUGCAGCGUCACUGUGACGCAUUGCGUUCUGUAACGGUUUGUGGCGCUAGUGAUUAGCUGCUGUCCGUCAGCUUUGGCACUGGAGAUGUGUUGCAGUCUGCACUCUCAAUGAAGACCUAAUUAACAUUCACUUAGGGCUUUAUUAGACAGGUUAAAGUUCCAGUCACACACAAUGGACAGACCCAUGUCCGUCAUUCACCGUCGUAUCCAGCACUCCAGGCUGAUGGGUAAUUACUAGAUGAAUAAUUUGGUACCUGUGUGUCAUAAUUGUAGCAGCCCCAGUCCGUUACACUCAGCGACGCACAGUUACUGAGCAAACCCAAGAGUCUGCAUUUUGAUUUGAGAGAUAGUCACUAUUUAGAGAAGAGCAGCUGAUAUAUAAGGGUGGCGGCUAUUGAUCAGGGGUUUAUAUUGUCUGUAGGCGCCGAGAACGAGCGUUUGGCACAGUGAUUACAAGGAGCUAGGCAGAUUUGUCCAGGGUCUCUUCCCCCACCUCCCCCGAGCGUCAUCACUUAAAUGAUGAUGAAUUCACUGUAUAAACCCAUUUCCCUGCGUUUGCCCAUUUGUAGUCUGUCAUCAUUUCUCUUCGUCUUGUAAAAUCCACAAUCCUAAAGCGAGAUGUUUCUAAAAACCCUGCAGGGGUUUCCGCGAACUACAUUCAGAUGUGUAAAGAAGACAACCUUGUGUAUUUAUUGUACUGCCCCCGGCCUCCCUGCAGGGGGCGCCGGUAUAAGCAGCUUCUGGUUCUUUUCUCUCUGUUUUGGUGUUUUUUAUUGUAAGUGUUGCGCCUCUGUUCACUGUAUCAUUGGUUUUUUUUCUCAAGCUGUAAAAGUUAUAAAAGAGAUAUAAGAAAGGAAAAGCACUCUGAUUUUAAGACUUGAAAUUUGUGUUCUUAAAAUGGAGAAUAAAAUAUGAAUUUAAAUGUA